AUGAGUCAUGCUCUGACAGGAAAUAUCUAUCUAUCUAUCUAUCUAUCUAUCUAUCUAUCUAUCUAUCUAUCUAUCUAUCACUUUCUCUUUCUUUCUCACUCUCUCUUUCUAAGUAUCUAUCUAUCUAUCUAUCUAUCUAUCUAUCUAUGUUUUUUAUCUCAAGUGUCGGCAGCGAUAUUUUUUUCAUAUAUAACACUAUCUUUGUUAUUCUUCUGUCUCUCUUUCUCUCUCUCAUUUUCUGUCUAUCUAUCUAUCUAUCUAUCUAUCUAUCUAUCUAUCUAUCUCUCUGUCUCUGUCUCUCUGUCUCUUAUUAUUGAUUAUUACAUAUUUCUUAUCUAUUUGUAUCUCUCUCUAUCUCUCUCUAUCUCUCUCUCUCUCUCUCUCUCUCCCUGUCUCUCUCUCUCCCUGUCUCUCCAUUUAUUUUUCUUACUUUCUUUUUAUUUUGUGUCAUUCUUUUUCCUUCUUCAGUUUACACUUCCUGUUGCCUUUCUGCCGCAAUAUCUUUCUAUUACCAUUUUAUGUGUCUCGUUCAUUCUUACAUUUGUUCAACAUUUCUUUAUCAAGUUUCCUUCUGAUUCGAUUUUAAAUUUACUACAUUUAUCCUUUACUUCUCAACUCAUCUGCCGCUACUUUUCUAUCUUGUUCACUUUACUUUUUUUCACAUUUUUCUUCUUUCUCUUUGUCAUCUAUUUUUUUUCCGUUCGACAUUUUUAUUACGUAUUGUUUUUGUUUAAUACCUUCCAGCAUUCAUUUGUCAAUUUAUGUAAUGUUUUUCUUUGCAUCCUUCGUUUAUUUUCGUUUUUCCACCAAUCCUUUUAA